CAACUGGUUUCCGCAUUCUGACUUUCUCAUUAUCGUGAUAGUCGUGUGCUGUGUGAGUUAUUUGCGAAUUGUGAUACCCAAAGUCCUAAACUCCCAACUCGUCGUCGUCGAUUGCGAUCUUCAUCCGUUGACCAUAAUUGCGCGUUACCUUGUUCUAGAAUCAACAUGACAUCAAACGUUUCGCCGCCGCCAUUCUACGACGAUUUGGGCAAAAGCGUUGAAGAUCUGUUCAGCAAAGGAUACAAUUUUGAUACAGUGAAAUUAGACGUGAAAACCACAGCUCCCACCGGUACCAAAUAUAACCACAGCGUAACUUCUCAUAUCGAUUCCGGCAAAUUUCUUGGAACUGCACAGGCUACGACUAGGUUCGAAAAAUACGGUAUCAAUAAUACCAUGAGAUGGAAUACAAGUAAUAUAAUGGGAACUGAAUUAUCGUGGGAUUAUUUGAAAAAUGCUAAAAUCUCCCUCGAAAGUACUUACCCCGUUCGGAAUCCUAUCAAUAGAUUUUGGAAUCUAAAAACAGAAUAUAGAAACAAUCGUCUAGCACUCCGCACUGAUGUUGAUUGUAAAACCGCAACUAUUUCGGCUUCUGGAGUUUUUCGAAUACAAGACGGUUGGUUCGUCGGUUUACUGUCAAAAUUCGAUACGAAAGGUUCCAAUACACUGAAGAGUACCAAAUUAGCUCUCGGAUACCAUUCUAAAGAAUUCGCUGUUCACGGCAUUAUAAGCGAUGAAGAGUUCUUCAACUGUCACCUGUACCAUCAAGUGAAUCCUUCGCUGGAAACUGGUGUUGAAAUUUCAAGCCCGAAGGAAAACAUUGAUCCUAAAUUUGGAAUCUGUUGUAAGUACGAUUGGGAUCGUGAUACUGCUGUUCGAGCUAAAGUGGAUAAUUCUAGUCAAAUUGGUCUCAGUUUCACCCACAAAAUUAAGGAUGGUAUUACCAUCACGUUAUCGGCUUUGAUCAAUGGCAAAAAUUUCAAUCAAGGUGGACAUAAAAUCGGUUUGGGUAUUGAAUUCGAGCCAUAUUGCUCACACGCGUCGUUGAGUACCAGUUAAAUAACAUUCUACUUUGUAAAGGAAAACGUUGCUAUUCCAGUUUACAGGAUUGUACAGCAGUGCAUAUUUUUUACUAGGCCUGCAUAUUAUAUUUACGUAAAGUUUCCAAUAUUAUUUUAUAUCUACUUUUUGUACACAAUGUUUGCUUACGUUCAAGUUAUUUUAAAAAGUAAACGAUUUAUUAAACAAAAUAUAUAAGUUGUGUAUUUUA